UAAAUGUUAGCGAUCAUUUCUAUCUAUCUUUGGACUUGCAUUCGCUGUCGAAUGUUCUAACAAGUGCAGUGUGCUCGUCGAGUUCAUUUUGCCAUGCGUUUCGAUACGGCGUCAAGAUUUGUCUUUCGAUCAUUGUCAACGACUCCAACAAAUUCACUCGACAAAUCGCUAUGAUCGUGCGCGUUCGCUCUUCGCACUCACUCGAAGGAUUGAAUUGAUUCAAUUAUUGCUGCAAAUUAAGUGCGAGUGAAAGCUAGUCUGCAUUUAAACAAGAUCUUAGAGGCAACUGCAAUCAAUGGACGCGAAAAUUCUGCAAGAGAAACCGGAGUAGACUGAAUAUGGAAGUUCAACUUAAAUCACACGGGUUCACGAAAGUUCUGCUCUGUCGCAAGCGAUGCAAUUACUGCGGAAAGGCGAUUCGUCUGUUCGGACUUCGCUGUCGAUUUUGUCGCCAGAAGUAUCAUAAACAUUGUUCAACAUUAGCACCUCAACAAUGCUAUCCCUGCGGCAAAAAUGGAAAAUCGAAGACGUUCUUGAAAAGACCUUUAGUUUCCAAUCACAAAGAGAAUAAAGCCAAUGAAUAUGUUCUUUGUCCCAGUACAUACGUCACGCGCCAUGAUGCUCGUGAGCAUCACGUGAACGGCAUAAAUCGUUUAGAUAGCUACAGAGAUAACGUAAUUACGUCUCCAGUCAAAUUGAGAAAAUACUCGCCUAACACGGGAACAUUAGUGUCCGUAGGGGAUGUUUACCGAUCACAUGAUCGGCUGAGUCAAAACUCGACCAUCACCAGUCCCACGCAUUUUUAUUACUCUUCCAUGUUGACACCAAGUCUGAAUCCAAAAUCGGCCGUUUCAUCCGGGUAUUCCUCUGUGAACCAUUCUUGCGCCUCCUCCGCCGGAAGUGGAUCGCAGAGAAGUCGGUCAACGACUCCGGAAGAAUUCGAAGCUUCGAGGGACGAGUUCACAAUUGAAGAGAAUACGAGCAAAUUUGAUGAAGCGGAAGAACUUCUUGUUUGCGGCGGAGAAAUCGAAUCACCCCUUACAGGCAGCCCAUUGUUUCAUCUGGAAAGCGAUGAAGAUUUGUCAGGUUGUUGGGAUCAACAAGAGAGAUCAGAUAGCUUGGACACGAGAUCGGGAUUAAAGAAGUCGCUGAAAGAGUUAGAAAUACCAUAUUGUGAUUUGCAAAUUCAUUCUAAGAUCGGUGUUGGACCAAAUGGACCUGUCUAUAGAGGACGUUGGCAUGGUGACGUAAUGAUCCACACGCGUAGAACCUCGCAACCUGAGGAGGUGGAGAAAUUUCGUAAGGAGGUGUUUUUGUUAAGUAUGAUAAGACACGAGAAUGUCAUGUUGUUUAUGGGUGCCUGUCUUGAUCCGCCAAAUCUUGCCGUUGUUGUGAGCUUGCGUAAAUGCCUCUCGAUCCACCAUCAUCUUCACUGUCAAGAUUCGCGUUGGUCGAUAGCGAUGCGACUGAAUAUCAUGCGUCAAAUUGCUCAGGGAAUGAGUUAUCUUCACGCCAAGUCGAUCACCGUUCCGUUUCUUCGAACUAUGAACAUUUUUCUCGAAUCAAAAGUGAAACUAUGUAUGAACGAUUAUACUUCCUUGCAUCAUCAAGUAAAGAGGAAGGGUUAUGGUAGUGUACCACAAGGUCACCUCACUUAUCUUGCGCCGGAAGUGAUAUCAAAAGUUCACAUUGAUGUUUUGUCAGGGCGGAUUGUCGAUAGCACUGUGAGAACUAGGAAAAUGGACGUGCAUGCUUUCGGGACAGUUAUGUAUGAAAUCCUAACAGACAAAUGGCCCUUCUCCAACUUGAGUCCCGAAACUGUAAUCUGGAUGAUAGGAAAGGGAUUGCCUCAAUCGCUGUCCAAGGUCAAGGGUCCUGACUGUGUAAAGAACUUGAUAAAAAGUUGCUGGUCACAUGACCCGAGUCAACGUCCCGAGUUUGUCCACAUAAUUCAAAUUUUAAACCAAAAAAAUAUAUCCACAAACUGCAUCUCACGUCGUCACAGCAUUUCUGAACCAAAGAACAUGCAGUAUACGGGUAAAAUCACGGACUAUUGUCAGCUGAAAAGAAUAUAGCAGUCUCUGAGUUGCACGUUCUCAAAUUUAGCUUUCGAAAUUGUUUACCAUAUCUUCAUGGCAAAGCAUUUACAUAAUAUCAUUCAUAGGUGAUUGAAGCUAUUGCAGUAAAACAUCUUGUUAGUUAAUCGUGUUUUAGGGGUUAAAUUGCAAGUUUAUGUCGUAGAAAUUUUUGCAAGAUUGUAUAUAUACAUUGAAUUGAGAAUUUAAAGUAGAAUUUUUGUAGUUUCAACACCUUUUUCGCUUGCAAUUUUAGUUGUUAUUGAUGUUGUCCGUCGUGUUUCCAUUUAAUCGAUGUAAAUUUUUGAGAUGUGAAGUGUCGUGAAGUUUGGCAGAUAUAUAGAACAAAUAUCUUUAAAAUUAUUGGGAAGGGGGGGAAUUUGUAAUCGUAUUUCGUUAUAAAUUAAAAACAAAGUUGCCAAGUA